GUGUGCGCAGUGUCCCCCAUUAAAACAGGGUUUAAAACAUCUCGAACUCCAAGGCAUAACCAGAUGUUAUUUGAACGGCUUCGAACAGCCUAUGAUUGUCUUCCAGACGGCGCGUGCAGUGAACACUUCAGAACAGAAGCGCGUGCUGGAGUCAUGCUGGCAGGGUUUUGCCAACUUUCAGUUAGUGACGGCUCUGAGAUGAAUGAAUAUUAAUCUCGAAGAAGUAGUCAUGUCAACACAAGACAGCCGGUAGCACAUCUCCACAGCAGAGCGGUUAAGAAGCAUACGUGGAUAAGACAUGGCCAUGCAAGCAUCUUGUCUCAUUUUUUUGGUCAAUCUAUUCAGAUGCAGCUACGCGUCCUGGGACUGGGUCAAGCCCAACCAAGUGGAGAGUGAAUCUUUUCUCUUUCGGGGAUCUGCAGCAUACAAAGCAAAGCAACCUCCACACAUUAUUUUCAUUUUAACGGACGAUCAGGGGUUUCACGACAUAGGCUACCAUGAUUCGGAAAUCCGCACUCCGACACUGGACAAGCUAGCCAAGGAAGGAGUCAAACUGGAGAACUAUUACGUCCAACCCCUGUGUACUCCGUCACGCAGUCAGCUGAUCACCGGCAGGUACCAGAUCCACACGGGUCUCCAGCACUCCAUCAUCCGUCCGCGCCAGCCCAACUGCCUGCCGCGCCACAUGGCCACGCUGCCCCAGCGGCUGCAGGAGGCCGGCUACGCCACGCACAUGGUGGGCAAGUGGCACCUGGGCUUCUACCGCAAGGACUGCCUGCCCACGCGCCGCGGCUUCCACUCCUACUUCGGCUCGCUCACGGGCAGCGUGGACUACUACACCUACAGCUCGUGCGACGGCAAGGCCCUGUGCGGGUUCGACCUCCACGAGGGCGAGUCGGUGGCGUGGGGCCACAAGGGGAAGUACUCCACGCACCUCUACACGCAGCGGGUGAGGAAGAUCCUGGCCGCCCACGACCCCUCCAGCCAGCCCCUGUUCCUCUUCGUCUCCCUGCAGGCGGUGCACACGCCCUUAAAGCCGCCUAAGGAGUACAUCUACCCGUACCGUAACAUGGGCAACGUGGCGCGCCGCAAGUACGCGGCCGUGGUGUCCAUCGUGGACGAGGCGGUGCACAACAUCACCUACGCGCUGCGCAAGUACGGCUACUACAAGAACAGCGUGCUGGUGUUCAGCACGGACAACGGCGCGCAGCCCUUCACGGGGGGCAGCAACUGGCCCCUGAGGGGACGUAAGGGCACCUACUGGGAGGGCGGCAUCCGGGGGGUGGGCUUCGUGCACAGCCCCCUGCUGAGGCACCGGCGACGGGUGAGCAAAGCGCUGGUGCACAUCACCGACUGGUUCCCCACACUGGUGGGGCUGGCGGGGGGUAAUGCGUCUCAGGACCGCGGGCUGGACGGCUACGACAUGUGGCCCACGCUCAGCGAGGGCAAGGAGUCUCCUCGGCGGGAGAUCCUGCAUAACAUCGACCCACUCAACCGCAAAGGUCAGGGGUCAUACGCGGAGGGCCAGCAGAUUUGGGACACGUCCGUGCAGGCUGCCAUCCGUGUCGGGGACUGGAAGCUGCUGACUGGAGACCCAGGCCACGGAGACUGGGUGCCUCCCCAGGUGCUAGCCCACUUCCCCGGGGGCUGGUGGAACCUGGAGCGGGGCGUCGGGCACCAGGCCAAGUCCGUGUGGCUGUACAACAUCACGGGAGACCCGUGCGAGCGGCUCGACAUGGCGGCACAGCGGCCCGACGUGGUGAAGAAGCUGCUGGCGCGGCUGGCGCACCACAACCGCACCGCCGUGCCCGUGCAUUACCCGCCCGACGACCCGCGCGCCAACCCGGACCGACACGGCGGCGUCUGGAGGCCCUGGGUGGAGGAUGGCGAGGAGGAGCGGCAGGCCACCACGGGCGUCUACUACAAGCGGGGAAAGAACCGCAAGAGGAUCAAGUGCAAGGUCUGCAGACUCAAGCCCUUCUUCAAGCGGCUGAACAAGCGGGUCCUGUCCAACCGAAUGUAGCACUGAAUCACUGAGAAAUGCGCUUUUGAAAACAUUCAGCAGCGGGGCUGGACUUGGUCAUCUGACAUACGGGGCAUUUCCGCAGUGGACCGACAGUCCCCAUGUGCUGAUUUGUUGUUUUUUAAUUAGUUUGUUUGGUUUUUUUGGCCCACAGUUUAGAGGGGGCGGCCAAUUGGCCCGUCGUCAAUGUAGAGAGUGGACAGAGUCAAGCAGGAUAUAUGAUAUGCGAAAACGGUUUGUAUGUACUGUAUGAGGGGUCAGUGUGGCCUCUUACUGCAGAUGGGGUCACUAGCGGGCCUAUUCAAUAUUUGCUGAAAAAGUAACAGAUUAAAACAUAGCCAUUACAAUUUUGUAAUUCAGUAAGGUUAUAACAUAAGCUCUGUGCUAAGGGUUUAAGACAAAAAUGCCCUGGUGUUUUGUUGGUCCCAGUCCGGCCCCGUUCAGCUGCCUGCUUCCUGAGCCCCUGCCGGCACCACAUCACAGGCAUUACUGAGAGGUGGACGCUCGAACUCUGUUUACAUCGGACUCUUUUUCCAUGUUUGUUCUUCCACCGGUUUGUGAAUCCACCGGUUAUAUUUACCCUAACUCGUCUGAGAAGCACGGCCUUGUUGUUACAAUUUCAAACCUACUGGUGUAAGUGGUCUUGGCCAUUUAAGGUACUCUCAUAACUGACCUACUUGGAAGCUUUAACUGAUGUUUCAGAUAGUCCACAUGCCAUCAUCAUAUCUCAAGGAAAAAAAAACAGAAUCAUUGUUUAUUUUGUUUUCUUGAUGUCUAAUUGUAAUACUUCUUUAGUGCAUGUGUUUGAUGUAUUUAAAAUGACAUAGUGCUUCUACAAGCAUUGCAAGAAUGCACACUGGAACUUGCCCUAAAGUGUAUCCAAUUCCGUGUCCUAUGAUCACUGAGCUAAGCUGUGGUCUGACUAAACACUAUGAAAAGUGUUGUUUCUCCGCUGUGCCUUAUCAGCCUGCAUCGUCUCUCUCGUCUCGGCAGCCGCAGCGUGGCCAAAGUUGAGUGAGCUCAUUCGCCUCCCAACUGACUCCCACACUUCUGAGCCUGACUAAUGGCCAUGACUAAUUAUAUACCGCCACAGCCGCUCACAGGACAGGACUCUGCAAGUCAUCAUACAAGACAUAGGGGCAUUAGGCAUUAGCUGACAUCUGUACAGAGAACCGUGGACUAAAUGCUACAGUGGUACAGUACCAGUGCAAAAUAAUGAUGAUGAUAAUAAUAUAAUGUUAUUUAUUGAGAUGACCUGGUAUUACGUAUAUGGACAUUUAUCUCACAGAAUUGGUUGUUAUUUGAUGCUGGGUUUUCUUGUGUACAGUAAGAAUGUAUGGUGUGCUGGGAAAAUGAUAAAGCGUCAUUCAGAUUUAUUUAAACUCAAAACUCAGUAAAUCAUACAUAUAUUUACCAAACUCAAACAUUCUCUCUCUCUGCCUCUCUCUCUCUCUCUUUCACACACACACACACACACACACACACUAGACAUAUACUGUAAACUUCUUCAAAAAAUGAACUCUUAAGUUAUUGGUACUUUUUCACUUGGUAAGGCCAUGUGGGUCUUACCUUUGUCUUUCUUUUGAAAAGGACACAAUAAACAGCCUAAAUGCUUUUUUUCCUUGACUGUAUUUUUCUCCUCUAAUUAUAUCCACUUCACAUUCAGGCCAGGCGAGGGGGAUAAGCGGCUGGCAUUUUUUUGUCAAGAUAGUGCACAGCGUGACCUUUAUUAAAAAGGCUCUGGGUGGCAGGUUGUCACCGUGGCCUGCUGCUGUUUAUUUGUGGCUUGGAGUGUGGCGUAGAGUUGAGUGCUG